AUGAUGAUUUCAUCUAAUCUCCUCACACGAAUUCAUACAUCCCGCUGCGGUGUAUCCUCUUAUACUCUCCGUACUGCUCUGGUCUGCACAUCUCCCAUCUCAUCAUCUCUUUCUUCCUCUUAUUCUUCUUAUUCAUUCUAUUCGACUUCUUCCUUAUCCUCUUCUUCUUCAUUACGCUACCGAUCAUCCUUCUCUUCUUCUUCCUCCUUAUCCUUCUCAUCCUUCUUCACAUUACGAUAUCAGCGACGAUACCGGGGUUUUCAUUUCUAUCUUAAUCUUAACGAUCCAGAGGAAACACGGCGACGUGUGGAGGAAGAUAUCGCCCUCAUUGAAGAGAAGAAUGGAUCGGAUACUAUGAAACAUCUACACGCCCUAUUAAAUCUCGCAUUAAGUUAUUAUCAAUCCGGUGAUUAUCUCACUGCCCAUGAAUACGCGGAAUAUACACAUGAAAAGGCAAGAAAAUAUAAUAAAAACGCUACUUUUCUUUAUUUUACAGCCAAGACAUGUGCUCGUUGUGCACUUGCAGUCGCAGAAGAAUAUGAAAAUCAUCUACGCGAGAUGGAAGAGAAGGCGGCAAUCUCAUCUACACUAACUCCCCGACCCUCUGUUGUUUUCUCAGCAGAGCGAGCCAUUGCAAAGCUGCGAGAAGAUGCCGUACGUUAUGAUGGGAUCGCCCAACGUUUGUGUAAUCGACCGGAUAAGGCGUUCAUGCGGGCUGCGGAUAUGGGCUCCACAACGGGAUGGAGUGAAGAUACGCGUGGGGAAGAUGAAGAGCCAAAUGACACUUUUGGUAAUAAAUGGAAGGAACGACGUAAACGGCCUGAACAUGCAGCGAUACGGCAGUAUUAUCAACAACAACAGCAGAAUGGAAACGGUGUACCCAAGUGA